CUCCAUCAGCGGCUGACGCUGGGCCUGCAGGAGGGCCAAGCAGUGCUGAACUCUGGUCUGGCCUUAAUGGGACCCCUGUCUCCCUGCCAAGCUGCCAGGGUGGUGGUGGGGUAGGAUUCCCCUUCCCCUCCUAUGUUGCUAGCCAGUAGCCAGCCAAGAGACAUGAUCAAGGGAUCAGAGCCAAGGGCCGGAGCCAGGAAAUCCCACAGCUCUGCCUCUGACUUACUGGGUGACCUUGGCCAAGUCCCUUCCCUCUGCCUCAGUUUCCCACUGCAACAUGGGGAUAAUGACAGGACCCAGCAGGCAGAGCUUGUGGGGGCUGGGUAGGAAGGUUGCCAAGCACCUGGAGAAUGAAAAGUGCCCUAAUUGCUUAUUAGCCCUUCCCCUCUCCCUGCUGGGGCUGUCAGAGCUGAGAUGCCCCUCGCUGAACUCCAUGACACUCCCAUUGACCUUUCAAACAGAGGCUGAGGGUGCAUCUGGCUCAGCCCCUGCUCUCCGUGUGAACUGGAGAGAGCUGGUUGCAGGGGCUUGUUCUUUCCUUUGCCCCCUCAAGGAGUCUGAUGUUUCCAAAACCUGGGUCUGGGCCAUGUGCCUCACCUUGUGACUGGGAUAAACAUUACACUGAGGCCGUUAAUGUUUAAUGACGUUUGUCCCACGCCCCCCCACCCCCAUUAAUGUGCUUUCCCGGUGGUGCACACGCCCAGACCCAGGCACCCGCUGGACGGCUCGCUGGGAAGAUGGCUGACGAGAUCGUCCCAGAGCAGGUGCCUGACAAGUUCACCUAUGAUUACGAGACCAUUCGGAAUGGGGGGCUGAUCUUCGCCGUGGUGGCUUUCGUGGUCGGACUCCUCAUCAUCCUCAGUCGGCGGUUCCGCUGCGGAGCAAAGAAGAGAAGAAGACAAAGUGACGAUGACGAGCUGUAGCUGCAGAACCGCCUGGACUGUCUGGAAAGCGGCUUCCUGCCCAGUGCUCUGUCUGGGAGGGGGGAGUUGUCUUCAGGAGCCAAGCCCCUUGCACCGGAGACAUUAACCCUCUCAGCCCUGCACCUCUAUACACACUAUUUGCAUGGCUUUCCUUUGUAAAAUCAGUUCAGUGCUUCUUUGCCUCAAUAAAGCUCCUGCUGAGCGAGGGUUAAAGCUUGUACCCAGGUGGGUUUGAGUCA